CUGUCACAUGAGGUCGGGGAGAGGAAGUUGUUUUAUUGUGUGCUGGCACAGUAUUGGUCCAGUCUGGAGAAUUUAAGUGGCCGCCUUGAGCUAGAGGAGACGCCGAGGGGAGAGGAAGUCGAUAACAAGCCUCCGAUGCUCCAGACUGACUGGAAAUGCUGUCUGGAGACCGAGACCUUCCAGCCCAAAAUCGCCAAAGAAAGGUGGCAUUGCAAAUAGGAGCAUGUUGUGAAAUAUUUACAACACAAGACUCCCUGAAGGACACAUUUGCUAUCUGCUGUUGUGAACUUAGUGUUGCUGCUGGAUUCAAUUCACUGAACUCCACCGGCAGGGAAUGCUGGGUCUUCUUAGAACAAAGGAAAGCCAUGAUGAUGUUCCUGCUGUUUCUGGGGACUUUGCAGAUUGUGGCUGUUACUGCUUCGCCUUUGUUGGUUGAUCCACUGUUGACUGAAGGCUGGGAGAAAUGGAAGGUGCUACAUCAGAAACAGUACACCGAGAAUGAAGAAGGUGUUCGGAGAAUGGUGUGGGAGAAAAACUUUAGAUUUAUUGAAAAUCACAACUUGGAGUACUCGCUGGGUAAACACAGCUUUAAUCUUAAAAUGAACCACUUUGGAGACAUGACCUUGGAGGAGUUCAAUGAGCAGAUGAAUGGAUUCCGGCACUUUAAACCCAGGAACUCGUCCAGACCACUUUCAAGGAUCCCUGAGCUGGCUGAGAUUCCCAAGAGUGUCGACUGGCGAGAUGAGGGAUAUGUCACUCCAGUGAAGAACCAGGGUAGCUGUGGCUCAUGCUGGGCUUUCAGUUCAACGGGAGCAUUGGAGGGACAGACCUUUAAAAAGACAGGAAAGCUCAUCCCACUGAGUGAGCAGAACCUGGUGGAUUGCUCAGGACCACAGGGGAAUCAAGGCUGUGGUGGUGGAUGGAUGGAAAAUGCCUUCUUAUAUGUACAUGAAAACAACGGGAUUGAUUCUGAGACUGGAUACCCAUACACCGGCCAAGUGAGACCACCUGACAUCUGUUUCACAUUAAUGACAGAUUUUUCUGAGUCUGAGACUAAGACUAAGUCUGAGACUGAGACUGCUACUGAGUCUGGGACUGAUACUGAUACUGAGUCUGAGACUGAGACUGAGUCUGAGUCUGAGUUUGAGACUGAGACUGAAACUGAGACUAAGUCUGAGUCUGAGACUGAGACUGAGACUAAGUCUGAGACUGAGUCUGGGCCUGAGUCUGAUAUUGAGUCUGAGACUGAGACUGAGUCUGAAUCUGAGACUGAGACUGAAACUGAGACUGAGUCUGAGUCUGAGUCUGAGACUGAGUCUGAUAUUGAGUCUGAGACUGAGACUGAGACUGAGUCUGGGCUUGAGUCUGAUACUGAGUCUGAGACUGAGACUGAUACUGAUACUGAGUCUGGGCCUGAGUCUGGGCCUGAGUCUGAGACUGAGUCUGAGACUGAGACUGAGAAUGAGACUGAGAGCAGUGUGUCAGCCUCCCUAACCGCUGAGGAAUUUGGACAAUAUUUGAAUAAAUUCAACAAAAAGGGAGGUGGGAACUUCACGUUCAAAGUGUUUACAGCAAACAAGAAUGUUGAACUGCCUGCAGCUGUUGACUGGCGUCCCAAAGGUUAUGUUACUCCAGUGAAGGACCAGGGGCAGUGUGGUUCUUGUUGGGCUUUCAGCACGACUGGAGUACUUGAAGGACAAGUCUUUAAUAAAACAGGAAAGCUCAUUUCCCUGAGUGAGCAGUACCUGAUGGACUGUACCCAAUCUGUGGGAAACAGAGGCUGCAAUGGGGGAUUUAAAGUGCGGGCCCUUCUGUUUAUCAAAGAACAUGGUAUUAAUUCAGAAGAGUCAUACCCCUACACUGCAAAGGAUGGAGAUUGUAAAUCCAAUAAAAAAGAUACUGUUGCCACUUGCAAGGGUGUCACAAUUAUUCCAAAAAAUUCUGAAGCAGAUUUAGCUGCAGCAGUGGCCACAGUUGGACCUAUAUCUGUCUCCAUAGAUGCUGAGCAUAGAUCUUUCAUGUUGUAUAAGUCAGGUAUAUUUUAUGAGCCCCAUUGCAGUUCUGUUAAUCUUGAUCAUGAAGUGCUGGCUGUUGGGUAUGGGACUGAAAAUCAGAAGCCAUAUUGGAUUGUUAAAAAUAGCUGGGGAACAAGUUGGGGCAAUGAAGGAUAUGUUCAUAUGGCUAAGGAUAUGGAUAACAACUGUGGAAUUGCUACAACUGCUGUUUAUCCUGAGGUGUGACUCAUCACCUGAGGC